GCGGGCUCUAGAGGACAGCCGCGCCAGGGGACAGCCGGGGACAGCCGGGGACAGCCGGGACCGCAGCGGCGGGGCCUCUGCUCCGGGCCGCCGCCAGCGCAUCGCGAGUCCCAGCAGCGCUGGCUCCGCCAUGGACAAGCUGCAAAGGCUUAAAGAAGAGAAGGAAGCCAAGCGGGCGCGUCUGGAUGGGCGGCAUGACUACUUAUUUGCCAUUGUAGCCUCCUGUUUGGACCUGAACAAAACUGAAGUAGAAGAUGCCAUUCUUGAAGGGACUCAGAUUGAGAGAAUCGAUCAACUUUUUGCUGUUGGAGGUCUCCGUCACCUGAUGUUUUACUAUCAGGAUGUGGAAACAGCAGAAACAGGACAACUUGGCUCUUCAGGAGGGGUAAAUCCUGUUUCUGGAAAGAUGAAAAAACCCAAGGUGUUUGUGACAGAAGGAAAAGAUGUUGCUCUUGUGGGAAUAUGUGUGUUCUUCAUCAGGUCUGACCCAUCUAAAGCCAUUACAGCUGAGAACAUCCACCGGGAGGUGAGCUUCAAUGUGUUAGACACUGCGGAUGGGGGCUUGCUAAACAGCGUGCGGCGCCUGCUCUCAGACGUCUUCCUUCCAGCCCUCAGGGCCUCCACCCAUGGCUGGAGUGAGCUGGAAGGACUGCAGGAUGCUGCCAGCAUUCGGCGGGAGUUCCUGAGCUCUCUGGAAAGUUUUGUGGGUGUCUUGUCAGGUGCUCAGGAGAGUUUGAAGGAGAAGGUAAACCUUCAUAACUGUGACAUACCUGAACUGAAAUCUGUGAAGGAGCCUAUGGACUACUUGGCUCUAGCUGGUAACCCUGAGACUGUGGAAAAAGUAGAGGGUUGUAUGAAAAUAUGGAUUAAACAAACAGAACAGAUCCUUGCUGAGAACAGUCAGCUGCGGAAGGAAGCAGAUGACGUUGGGCCCCGAGCAGAGCUGGAGCACUGGAAAAAAAGGCUCUCUAAAUUUAAUUACCUUUUAGAUCAACUGAAAAGCCCUGAUGUGAAGACUGUGCUGGCUGUACUGGCUGCAGCCAGGUCCAAGCUUCUGAAGACUUGGCGGGAGACGGAUAUUCGGAUUACUGAUGCCGCUAAUGAAGCAAAGGACAAUGUCAAAUAUUUGUACACACUUGAGAAAUGCUGUGACCCUUUGUACAGCCGUGACCCUAUAUCUAUGAUUGAUGCUAUUCCUACACUGAUAAAUGCUAUUAAAAUGAUCUACAGUAUCUCUCACUACUACAACACCUCCGAGAAGAUCACGUCUCUGUUUGUGAAGGUGACAAAUCAGAUGAUAUCUGCAUGUAAAGCACACAUCACUAACAAUGGCACUUCUACCAUUUGGAACCAGCCUCAGGAUGCUGUUAUGGAGAAAAUAUUAUCUGCAAUUAAACUUAAGCAGGAAUACCAGCACUGCUUUCACAAGACAAAACAAAAACUUAAGCAAAAUCCAAGUGAAAAACAAUUUGAAUUUAGUGAGAUGUAUAUUUUUGGAAAAUUUGAAACUUUCCAUCGACGUCUUGCCAAGAUAAUGGACAUCUUUACAACCUUCAAGACAUAUUCAGUUCUACAAGAGUCUAAUAUAGAGGGGUUGGAAGACAUGGUCACUAAAUACCAGGGCAUUGUUGCAACCAUAAAGAAAAAGGAAUAUAAUUUCUUAGAUCAACGGAAAAUGGACUUUGACCAGGAUUAUGAAGAGUUUUGCAAGCAGACUAAUAACCUUCAUCAUGAAUUGCAGAAGUUCAUGGAUACUACAUUUGAAAAGAUUGAAAACACAAAUCAAGCUCUGAGUAUGCUAAAGAAAUUUGAAAGAUUGAACAUACCUAAUCUUGGUAUUGAGGAAAAAUACCAAGUGAUCUUCCAGAACUUUGGGGCUGACAUUGACAUGAUUUCUAAGCUGUAUUCAAAGCAGAAAUAUGAUCCUCCCUUGGCUCGCAACCAGCCUCCCAUAGCUGGGAAGAUCUUAUGGGCCAGGCAGCUGUUCUGCAGACUGGAGCAGCCCCUGCAUCAGUUCCAGCAGCAUCCCAGUGUGCUGAAGACAGCUGAGGCCAAGCCUGUAAUCCGCAGUUACAACAGGAUAGCCAAGGUCCUCCUGGAGUUUGAGGUUCUCUACCAUAGGGCAUGGCUUCAGCAGAUUGAAGAAAUUCAUGUAGGCCUUGAGGCUUCUUUACUGGUGAAGGCUCCAGGCACAGGGGAAUUGUUUGUGAACUUUGAUCCUCAGAUACUCAUCUUAUUUAGAGAAACAGAGUGCAUGUCCCAGAUGGGUCUGGCAGUCUCACCGUUCGCAGCUGCCCUCUUCCAGAAGCGAGAUACAUACAAAAAGAACUUCAGUAACAUGAAGACAAUGCUAUCUGAAUACCAGAGAGUGAAGUCAAAAAUGCCUCCUGCCAUUGAGCAACUGAUGGUCCCACAUUUGGCUAAAGUGGAUGAAGCUCUCCAGCCUGGCCUGGCUGCCCUGACCUGGAUGUCACUGAAUAUUGGACCAUACUUAGAAAAUGCUUUUGCAAAGAUCAAUGACUUGGAACUACUGCUUGACCGGGUCAAUGAUUUGAUUGAAUUCCGCAUCAGUGCCAUUCUAGAAGAUAUGAGCAGCAUGCCACUUUGCCAGCUCCCCCAGCAGGAGCCCCUCACCUGCGAAGAGUUCCUCCAAAUGACAAAGGACCUUUGUGUGAAUGGUGCUCAGAUACUACAUUUUAAGAGCUCCCUCGUGGAGGAAGCAGUCAAUGAGCUAAUAAAUAUGUUGUUGGAUGUGGAUUUCCCAUCUAAAGAAGAAAGUGAAAAAGAAUCUGCUGAACAUAAAGUGGAUUCUAACAGUGAAGCUCCAGCAAGAAGAGAUGGACAUGCUGAGGCCUUGGUAUCCUCCUUCAAUGUUGGGGCUGGCUCACUGCCUUUGACAGCAAUCACCAGAAGGAAGAAAGAGAGUGAUAUGUUAGAGGAAGCCCGUGAGCUGCUCUCUCAUUUUAACCAUCAAAAUGCAGAUGCUCUUCUGAAAGUUACAAGGAAUACACUAGAGGCCAUUCGCAAGCGCAUUCAUUUCUCUCACAUGAUUAACUUCCGGGACAGCAGCAGCGCAUCUAAGAUGAAGCCGAACAAUCUUCCCAUUUUUCGGGCAAGUAUCACUCUGGCCAUUCCCAACAUCUCUAUGACCCCUGCCCUGGAAGACAUCCAGCACACACUAAACAAAGCUGUAGAGUGCAUCAUCAGUGUCCCCAAGGGUGUCAGACAGUGGAGCAGUGAGCUGCUGUCCAAGAGAAAGCUGCAUGAAAGAAAAAUGGCUGUUCUGCAGAACUGUGAAGAUAGUGAUUCUGAUACUGAAAUGGAGGCAAACGAACUUCAAGAAACCCUGGAGAUAGCUUCUGUAAACUUACCCAUUCCGGUGCAAACCAAGAAUUAUUAUAAGAAUAUUUCUGACAACAAAGAGAUUGUAAAAUUAGUCUCUGUGCUUAGCACAAUCAUCAGCUCUACCAAAAAGGAAGUUUUUACAACCAUGGAUCACUUCAAAUGCUACAACCACAUUUGGCAAAAAGAGAAAGAAGAAACCAUUAUGACAUUUAUUGUGAAAAACCCUUUGCUUUCUGAAUUUGAGUCCCAGAUUCUUUAUUUCCAAAGCCUGGAGCGAGAAAUUAAUGCUGAGCCUGAGUAUAUCUGUGUGGGUUCCAUUGCUUUGUACACAGCUGACUUGAAGUUUGCCCUGAAUGCUGAGACAAAAGCCUGGAUGGUUGUCAUCGGCCGCCACUGUAACAAAAAAUUCAGGAGUGAGAUGGAAAACAUUUUUGUACUUGUUGAAGAACUCCAGAAGAAACUGAACCGUCCAAUUAAAGACCUAGAUGAUAUUCGGAUUGCGAUGGUGGCCCUGAAAGAAAUAAGGGAGCAUCAGAUCUUGACUGACUUCCAAGUGGGACCUAUUGAGGAAUCUUAUGCCCUGCUUAACAAGUACGGACUUCUGGUAGCGAAGGAAGAGAUGGACAAAGUUGACACUCUGCGGUAUACUUGGGAAAAGCUGCUGGCCCGUGCUGGUGCAGUUCAGAACGAACUAGUCUCCCUGCAGCCCAGUUUCCGGAAAGAGCUGAUUAGCACUGUGGAGGUCUUCCUCCAGGACUGUCACCAGUUUUGUCAGGAUUAUGAUUUGAAUGGUCCAAUGGCUAGUGGUUUGAAGCCCCAGGAAGCCAGUGAUAGGCUUAUCAUGUUUCAGAAUCAAUUUGAUAAUAUUUAUCGUAAAUAUAUCACCUACACUGGAGGAGAGGAACUUUUUGGUUUGCCAGUUACACAGUACCCUCAGCUUCUAGAGAUAAAGAAACAACUAAAUCUUCUACAGAAAAUAUACAGCCUGUACAAUAAUGUCAUAGAAAGUGUAAAUAGUUAUCAAGAUAUCCUUUGGUCAGAAGUGAAUAUUGAAAAAAUCAACAGUGAACUCUUGGAAUUCCAAAACAGGUGUCGGAAGCUGCCCCGGGCACUGAAGGACUGGCAGGCCUUUCUGGACUUGAAGAAGACCAUUGAUGAUUUCAGCGAGUGCUGUCCACUGCUGGAGUACAUGACCAGUAAAGCCAUGAUGGAGAGGCACUGGCAGAGGAUAGCGGUUGUCACUGGGCACAGUCUGGAUGUGGGCAAUGAAACCUUUAAGUUAAGAAAUGUCAUGGAGGCCCCUCUUCUGAAAUACAAAGAGGAAAUAGAGGACAUCUGUAUCAGUGCAGUGAAAGAGAGAGACAUUGAACAGAAGCUGAAGCAAGUGAUCAAUGAAUGGGACACAAAAAUGUUCGCAUUCGGCAGCUUUAAGACCCGCGGAGAACUGCUCCUGCGAGGAGACAGUACCUCGGAAAUCAUCACCAGCAUGGAGGACAGCUUGAUGCUGCUGGGCUCUCUCCUGAGCAGCAGGUACAAUAUGCCAUUCAAAGCUCAGAUUCAAAAAUGGGUGCAGUGCCUUUCCAACUCAACAGACAUCAUUGAGAACUGGAUGACAGUACAAAACUUGUGGAUCUAUCUAGAAGCUGUCUUUGUGGGAGGAGACAUCGCCAAGCAGCUGCCCAAGGAAGCCAAGCGCUUUUCCAAUAUAGAUAAGUCCUGGGUGAAGAUCAUGACACGAGCACAUGAGAUGCCAAAUGUGGUUCAGUGCUGUGUUGGAGAUGAGACCUUGGGCCAGCUAUUGCCACACUUGCUGGAGCAGUUGGAAAUAUGUCAGAAAUCCCUCACUGGGUAUUUGGAGAAGAAACGGCUGUGCUUCCCUCGGUUCUUCUUUGUGUCAGAUCCUGCUCUUCUAGAGAUCCUGGGGCAGGCGUCGGACUCCCACACGAUCCAGGCCCACUUGCUGAAUGUGUUUGACAACAUUAAAACUGUCAAGUUCCAUGACAAGAUCUAUGAUCGAAUUCUGUCCAUUUCCUCUCGUGAGGGUGAGACAAUUGAAUUGGACAAACCUGUGAUGGCAGAGGGCAGUGUGGAAGUCUGGCUUAACUCUCUGCUGGAGGAGUCUCAGUCCUCAUUACAUCUUGUGAUUCGCCAGGCAGCUGCAAGUAUUCAAGAAACAGGUUUCCAAUUGAUUGAAUUUCUUUCUUUCUUCCCGGCUCAGGUUGGAUUAUUAGGAAUUCAAAUGAUAUGGACUCGGGAUUCAGAAGAAGCCCUUAGAAAUGCCAAGUUUGAUAAGAAAAUCAUGCAGAAAACCAACCAGUAUUUCCUGGAGUUACUGAACAUGCUGAUUGACAUGACCACGAAGGAUCUGAGCUCCGUGGAACGAGUUAAAUAUGAGACCCUGAUUACUAUGCAUGUGCACCAAAGGGACAUCUUUGAUGACCUGUGCCACAUGCAUAUCAAGAGCCCUACGGACUUUGAGUGGCUGAAACAGUGCAGAUUUUAUUUUAACGAAGAUUCUGACAAGAUGAAUAUCCAUAUCACAGAUGUGGCUUUCACAUACCAGAAUGAAUUUUUAGGCUGCACUGACAGGCUUGUCAUAACGCCACUCACAGACAGGUGCUACAUCACAUUGGCUCAAGCUCUGGGGAUGAGCAUGGGAGGGGCCCCCGCUGGUCCUGCAGGAACAGGCAAGACAGAAACCACCAAAGAUAUGGGACGGUGUCUUGGGAAAUAUGUUGUAGUCUUCAACUGCUCAGACCAGAUGGAUUUCCGAGGACUUGGGCGGAUAUUCAAAGGGCUGGCACAGUCUGGAUCCUGGGGUUGUUUUGAUGAAUUUAACCGUAUCGAUCUCCCUGUUCUCUCGGUUGCUGCCCAGCAAAUUUCCAUUAUUCUCACGUGUAAAAAAGAGCGUAAAAAAUCUUUUAUUUUUACUGAUGGAGAUAAUGUGACUAUGAAUCCUGAAUUUGGACUUUUUCUAACCAUGAAUCCUGGCUAUGCUGGGCGGCAAGAGCUCCCCGAAAACUUGAAGAUCAACUUCCGAUCAGUGGCCAUGAUGGUUCCUGACCGUCAGAUUAUCAUCAGGGUGAAGCUGGCCAGCUGUGGCUUCAUUGAUAACAUAGUUCUGGCCAGGAAGUUCUUCACACUCUACAAGCUAUGCGAGGAGCAGCUUUCAAAGCAGGUCCACUAUGACUUUGGCUUGCGUAACAUUCUGUCAGUCCUGCGCACACUGGGGGCAGCAAAAAGAGCUAGCCCCAUGGAUACAGAAUCCACCAUUGUCAUGCGUGUGCUUCGAGACAUGAAUCUUUCCAAACUGAUUGAUGAAGAUGAGCCCUUGUUUUUGAGUUUGAUUGAUGACCUCUUCCCAAAUAUUCUUUUGGACAAGGCAGGUUACCCUGAGCUGGAAGCAGCAAUCAGUAAACAGGUUGAAGAAGCUGGCUUAAUUAACCAUCAUCCUUGGAAACUGAAAGUCAUCCAGCUGUUUGAAACGCAGAGGGUGAGGCACGGAAUGAUGACCCUGGGGCCCAGUGGAGCAGGGAAAAGCACCUGCAUCCAUACCCUGAUGAAAGCCAUGGCAGAUUGUGGAAAACCACACCGGGAAAUGAGGAUGAACCCCAAAGCAAUUACUGCCCCACAGAUGUUUGGUCGGCUUGAUGUGGCCACAAAUGAUUGGACUGAUGGGAUAUUUUCUACCCUUUGGAGGAAAACACUGAAAGCCAAGAAAGGGGAACAUAUCUGGAUAGUUCUUGAUGGUCCAGUUGAUGCCAUCUGGAUUGAAAAUCUAAACUCUGUUUUGGAUGAUAAUAAAACUCUGACCCUGGCCAAUGGCGAUCGGAUUCCCAUGGCUCCAAACUGCAAGAUUGUGUUUGAACCUCACAACAUUGACAAUGCUUCGCCUGCCACCGUCUCAAGAAAUGGAAUGGUUUUCAUGAGUUCUUCUGUCCUUGAUUGGAGUCCUAUUCUUGAGGGCUUUCUCAAGAGACGUUCUCCUCAAGAGGCCGAAAUCCUUCGCCAACUGUACACUGAGACUUUCCCGGAUUUGUACCGCUUCAGUGUUCAGAACCUAGAGUACAAGAUGGAGGUGCUGGAGGCCUUUGUGAUCACGCAAAGCAUCCACAUGCUGCAAGGCCUGAUUCCUCCAAAGGAGCAGGCUGGGGAGGCGGACCCGGAACACCUCGGGAGGCUGUUCAUCUUUGCAAUGAUGUGGAGCGUGGGUGCUGUGCUGGAAUUGGAAGGUCGCCGCAAGCUAGAGCUCUGGCUGCGCUCACGAGAGACGCCCACGCUGGACCUGCCGCAGCCUACUGCUGACCCUGGAGACUCCGUGUUUGACUACUAUGUAGCAGCAGACGGUAACUGGACUCACUGGAGUACCUGUACAGAGGAAUAUGUUUAUCCACCUGACACCACCCCAGAGUACGGCUCUAUCUUGGUGCCAAAUGUUGACAACGUGAGGACUGACUUCCUAAUUAAAACCAUUGCUAAACAAGGCAAGGCUGUCCUGUUAAUUGGUGAACAAGGAACAGCCAAAACAGUCAUAAUCAAAGGAUUUAUGUCAAAAUAUGACCCUGAAAGUCACAUGGUGAAGAAUCUGAACUUUUCUUCUGCAACCACCCCACUGAUGUUUCAGAGGACAAUAGAGAGCUAUGUGGAUAAACGUAUGGGUACAACAUAUGGUCCUCCUGCUGGAAAGAAGAUGACUAUCUUUAUUGAUGAUGUGAAUAUGCCAGUAAUCAAUGAAUGGGGAGAUCAGGUGACUAAUGAGAUUGUACGACAGUUGAUGGAACAAAAUGGAUUCUAUAACCUAGAGAAGCCUGGGGACUUUACCAGCAUUGUGGACAUCCAGUUCUUGGCAGCCAUGAUCCAUCCUGGGGGUGGACGCAAUGAUAUACCCCAAAGAUUGAAGAGGCACUUCUCUAUAUUCAACUGCACCUUGCCUUCGGAUGCAUCCAUGGACAAAAUCUUUGGUGUGAUUGGGGUAGGCUACUACUGUCCCCAGCGUGGUUUCUCAGAGGAAGUGCAAGAUGCGGUGAGGAAACUGGUGCCCCUGACACGCCGCCUGUGGCAGGUAACCAAGGUGAAAAUGCUUCCUACACCUGCGAAAUUCCACUAUGUGUUUAACCUUCGAGAUCUCUCCAGGAUCUGGCAGGGCAUGCUGAACACCACUUCAGAGGUCAUCAAAGAACAAGACGAACUUCUCAAGCUGUGGAAGCAUGAAUGUAAGCGUGUGAUAGCUGACCGCUUCACCAUGUCUGACGAUGUGACUUGGUUUGAUAAGGCUUUAGUCAGUUUGGUGGAGGAGGAAUUUGGUGAAGAGAAAAAACUUGUGGAAUGUGGAGUUGAUGCUUAUUUUGUGGAUUUCCUGAGGGAUGCACCUGAAGCUACAGGUGAAUCACCUGAGGAGGCUGAUGCUGAAAUGCUGAAAAUUUAUGAGCCAAUUGAAUCCUUUACUCAACUGAGAGAGCGUUUGAAUGUGUUCCUGCAGCUCUAUAAUGAGAGCAUCCGAGGCACUGACAUGGACAUGGUGUUCUUCGUUGAUGCAAUGGUCCACUUAGUUAAGAUCUCUCGAGUCAUUCGCACUCCUCGGGGAAAUGCCCUCCUGGUUGGGGUGGGCGGCUCAGGGAAACAGAGCCUGACAAGGUUGGCUUCCUUCAUUGCUGGCUAUACCUCGUUCCAGAUCACUCUGACAAGGUCCUACAACACAUCAAAUCUGAUGGAAGACCUGAAGGCUUUGUAUAGGACAGCUGGCCAGCAGGGCAAAGGAGUCACUUUUAUUUUCACAGACAAUGAGAUUAAAGAGGAAUCAUUUUUGGAAUACAUGAACAAUGUUCUGUCAUCAGGCGAGGUCUCCAACCUAUUUGCUCGAGAUGAAAUUGAUGAAAUUAACAGUGACCUGACAUCAGUCAUGAAGAAGGAACACCCCAGGCGCCCUCCCACCAACGAGAACCUCUAUGAGUUCUUCAUGAGCCGCGUCCGGGGGAACCUUCACAUUGUGCUCUGCUUUUCACCUGUUGGGGAGAAAUUUCGAAAUCGAGCUCUGAAAUUCCCUGCCCUUAUUUCAGGAUGCACAAUUGACUGGUUCAGUCGAUGGCCUAAGGAUGCCUUAGUUGCUGUGUCUGAGCACUUCCUCUCUUCCUAUGAUAUUGACUGCAGUUUGGAAACCAAGAAGGAGGUGGUUCAGUGCAUGGGCUCCUUUCAGGAUGGGGUGGCCGAGAAAUGUGCUGAUUAUUUCCAGAGAUUCAGGCGCUCUACGCAUGUGACUCCCAAAUCGUACCUCUCCUUUAUCCAGGGAUAUAAACUCAUAUAUGGAGAAAAACACAUGGAAGUGCAGACCUUGGCCAAUAGGAUGAAUACUGGACUGGAAAAGCUGAAAGAAGCUUCAGAAUCUGUUGCAGCGCUGAGUAAGGAACUGGAAGUCAAAGAAAAGGACCUACAAGUGGCCAACGAGAAAGCAGACAUGGUCUUAAAAGAAGUCACGGUGAAAGCACAGGCUGCUGCAAAGGUCAAGGCUGAGGUCCAAAGGGUGAAGGACAAAGCCCAGGCCAUUGUAGAUGGCAUUUCUAGGGACAAAGCCAUCGCCGAGCAGAGACUAGAAGCAGCACAACCAGCUUUGGAGGAAGCAGAAGCUGCGCUGCAGACCAUCAAGCCCACAGACAUUGCCACAGUGCGCACACUGGGACGACCCCCUCACCUUAUCAUGCGGAUCAUGGACUGUGUGCUGCUGCUGUUUCAGAGGAAGGUCAACGCGGUGAAAAUUGACCUGGACAAAAGCUGCACUGUGCCUUCCUGGCAGGAAUCUUUAAAACUGAUGACAGCAGGGAACUUUCUGCAGAACUUACAGCAAUUUCCCAAAGACACGAUCAAUGAAGAAGUGAUAGAACUUUUGAACCCUUACUUUGAAAUGGCAGACUACAACAUCGAGACAGCUAAACGUGUAUGUGGGAAUGUAGCCGGUCUUUGUUCCUGGACAAAAGCUAUGGCUUCAUUCUUUUCUAUAAACAAGGAGGUUCUGCCUCUAAAGGCCAACUUGGUAGUGCAAGAGAAUCGCCAUGUCCUGGCCAUGCAGGACCUGCAGAAAGCCCAGGCUGAGCUGGAUGACAAGCAAGCGGAGCUCGAUGUGGUACAGGCGGAGUAUGAACAGGCCAUGACCGAAAAGCAGACUUUGCUCGAAGAUGCAGAGCGGUGCAGACAUAAAAUGCAGACAGCGUCCACCCUCAUCAGCGGCUUGGCCGGAGAAAAAGAACGAUGGACAGAGCAAAGCAAAGAGUUUGCUGCACAAACUAAACGACUAGUAGGGGAUGUGCUUCUGGCUACAGCUUUUCUAUCCUAUGCUGGUCCAUUUAACCAAGAGUUUAGAGAUCUGCUAUUGCAUGAUUGGAAGAAGGAAAUGAAAGCACAUAAAAUUCCAUUUGGGAAUGAUCUAAAUCUCAAUGAGCUGCUGAUCGAUGCUCCUACUGUCAGUGAAUGGAACCUCCAAGGCCUGCCAAAUGAUGACCUGUCCAUUCAGAAUGGAAUCAUUGUCACAAAGGCAUCUCGCUAUCCUUUGCUAAUUGAUCCACAGACUCAAGGCAAGAUCUGGAUUAAAAAUAAAGAAAGUCAAAAUGAACUCCAGAUCACAUCUCUUAACCAUAAGUACUUCAGAAACCACCUGGAGGACAGCCUUUCUCUUGGAAGGCCCUUGCUUAUUGAAGACAUUGGAGAAGAACUAGAUCCUGCUCUGGACAAUGUUUUAGAAAGAAACUUUAUUAAAACAGGAUCUACCUUUAAGGUAAAUGUUGGUGACAAAGAAGUAGAUGUUAUGGAUGGCUUCAAACUCUACAUUACCUCCAAGCUGCCCAAUCCCGCCUAUACCCCGGAAAUAAGUGCCCGGACCUCCAUCAUAGACUUCACUGUUACCAUGAAGGGUCUGGAGGAUCAGUUACUGGGAAGAGUCAUCCUCACAGAGAAACAGGAAUUGGAGAAAGAACGAACUCAUCUUAUGGAGGAUGUGACUGCGAACAAAAGGAGGAUGAAGGAGCUGGAGGAUAAUUUGCUUUACCGCCUGACGAGUACUCAGGGGUCCCUGGUGGAAGAUGAAAGUCUCAUUAUUGUUCUGAGUAACACCAAAAAGACGGCUGAGGAGGUGACACAGAAGCUGGAAAUUUCUGCUGAGACAGAAAUUCAAAUUAACUCAGCCCGGGAGGAAUACCGGCCUGUUGCUACUCGGGGCAGCAUCCUUUACUUCCUCAUCACUGAGAUGCGCUUGGUUAACGAGAUGUAUCAGACUUCGCUCCGCCAGUUUCUGGGCUUGUUUGACCUUUCCUUGACCAGAUCUGUUAAGAGUCCAAUUACAAGCAAGAGGAUUGCUAAUAUCACUGACCACAUGACCUAUGAGGUUUUCAAGUAUGCUGUCCGAGGCUUAUAUGAAGAACACAAAUUUCUGUUCACUUUGUUGCUAACCCUAAAGAUUGACAUCCAGAGGAACCGAGUCAAGCAUGAAGAGUUUCUCACCCUUAUUAAAGGUGGUGCCUCAUUGGAUCUUAAAGCCUGUCCUCCUAAACCAUCAAAAUGGAUCCCGGACAUGACUUGGCUGAAUUUGGUGGAACUUAGCAAACUUAGACAGUUUUCAGACAUCCUUGACCAGAUAUCAAGAAAUGAAAAACUGUGGAAAAAUUGGUUUGAUAAAGAAAACCCAGAAGAGGAGCCUCUUCCAAAUGCCUAUGAUAAAUCCCUUGACUGCUUCAGACGUCUUCUUCUUAUUAAGUCCUGGUGUCCCGACAGAACCAUUGCCCAGGCCCGCAAGUACAUCAUGGAUUCCAUGGGGGAAAACUAUGCAGAAGGAGUUAUGCUGGACUUGGAAAGGACAUGGGAAGAAUCUGACCCAAGGACACCACUCAUCUGCCUCCUGUCUAUGGGCUCUGACCCCACAGAUUCUAUCAUUGCCUUGGGGAAGAGACUAAAAAUAGAAACCCGUUUUGUGUCGAUGGGCCAGGGCCAGGAGGUCCAUGCACGGAAACUCUUGCAGCAGACCAUGGCAAAUAGGCACCUUCUUGAGUGUUUGUCAGUCAUACAAUACAAUAAUCAGUUUACCUCUCUGACGUCCCUGAAUGCAGGAGUGAGCCAGGACCUGCUGGACAUGAGCACAGGGACCCAGUGGAAGCCCAUGCUGUAUGCAGUGGCCUUCCUGCAUUCUACUGUCCAGGAGAGGCGAAAGUUUGGUCCUCUGGGGUGGAAUAUCCCCUAUGAAUUUAAUCAAGCAGACUUCAAUGCCACCGUGCAGUUCAUCCAAAACCACCUAGAUGACAUGGAUAUCAAAAAGGGUGUUUCCUGGACCACCGUUCGUUAUAUGAUAGGAGAGAUUCAGUAUGGAGGCAGAGUCACGGAUGACUAUGAUAAGAGGUUGCUGAACACAUUUGCAAAGGUUUGGUUCAGUGAAAACAUGUUCGGACCAGAUUUCACCUUUUACCAAGGUUAUAAUAUUCCAAAAGGCAGCACGGUAGAUAACUAUCUCCAAUACAUCCAGAACUUGCCUGCCUAUGACAGCCCUGAGGUGUUUGGGCUGCACCCCAAUGCUGACAUCACCUACCAGAGCAAACUGGCCAAGGGUGUCCUGGACACCAUCCUGGGCAUCCAACCCAAGGACAGCUCUGGUGGAGGGGACGAGACACGGGAGGCUGUGGUGGCCCGUCUGGCUGAGGGUAUGUGGGAGAAGCUGCCUGAGGACUACAGCCCAUUUGAAGUAAAAGAGAGGCUGCAGAAGAUGGGGCUCUUCCAGCCCAUGAAUAUUUUCCUCAGGCAGGAGAUUGACAGGAUGCAGAGGGUGCUUAGCCUCGUCCGCAGCACCCUGACGGAGCUGAAACUUGCUAUUGAUGGCACUAUCAUCAUGAGUGAAAAUCUGCGGGAUGCACUGGAUUGCAUGUUUGAUGCUAGAAUUCCUGCUCGGUGGAUAAAAGCAUCCUGGGUUUCAAGUACCCUGGGUUUCUGGUUUACUGAGCUUCUAGAAAGAAACAGCCAGUUCACCUCCUGGGUUUUCAAUGGCCGACCAUAUUGCUUUUGGAUGACGGGCUUUUUCAACCCCCAAGGAUUUUUAACUGCAAUGCGACAGGAAAUAACUCGGGCCAACAAAGGCUGGGCUCUGGACAAUAUGGUUCUUUGUAAUGAAGUCACCAAAUGGAUGAAGGAUGAUGUUUCUGCCCCUCCCACAGAAGGGGUCUAUGUCUAUGGCUUGUAUCUUGAAGGUGCUGGCUGGGAUAAAAGGAACAUGAAACUUGUUGAAUCAAAACCCAAAGUGCUCUUCGAGUUGAUGCCUGUCAUAAGGAUUUAUGCAGAAAACAAUGCUGUCAGAGAUCCUCGGUUUUACUGCUGCCCCAUCUACAAGAAGCCAGUUCGAACAGACUUGAACUACAUUGCUGCUGUGGACCUCAGGACAGUGCAGGCCCCUGAACACUGGGUGCUCCGUGGGGUUGCCCUUCUCUGUGAUGUCAAGUAAUGAACAAUGUUUUAACCUUUGUUUCUUUGUGAGUGGACAUGCAUAAAUCUGAUUGUGGGAACAUUCCUUGGGUGUUUGGAUACAUUUAACCUGCUGCAUCAUUAGUGAUCGACUCUGCAUUUGCUAGAAAAACUAGUUAACGACUCAAAAGAGUAAUUAACAACUUCCUAACGAAUUGUGCCUUCAAAUCUCUAAAGAUAGUAUAUGUUCUUAUUUCACUCUGAAGACUAAAACAAUGGUAUUUUCUUGAAGGAGUCACUUUCCUAUUUGGUAACAGACAGACUCUCUAAGGUAAUGAAUGACACUUGUGCCUAUCUUGCAUUAGAGAAUGCCUUUUGCAUUUAGGUCAUCUCAAGAAACUAAGUUUCAAAGCUCCAGGCAGCUUAAUAGAGAUAUUUUUAAAAAAUGAACAGAAAUAGAAGCUGGAUUAAGAUUGCAAAUGGACAACUCAGUAACCUAAGAAUAAACAUAUAGAUUAAUGUUCAACACCACUCGUAAUUAGUGACAGGAUACUGACCACUGUCUAAUAAAGAUAAUCUAUCACAGUACAGUGUGAGACUGACACUUUCACAAUCUGUUAGAACAAUGUAUUUGACUGUCUUAUUAUCAAAUAAUUUAAACAGAGAAAGGAUCAUAAGAGCUCACAUGCUUUCAUUUUUGUCUCCUCUAUACAAGGUGAAAAUACCUGCUGAAAGCACAGUGUUUAUAAAGCUGUGUUUGAUAGUAGAAAUAAAUUGACCUUGCCUCAACAUUCAAUAGCAGAGCUAUGCUAAACGAAUUUGGAGGCACUGGACAACUAUGAAAUAGGUAUUGAAGAUUGCAUUAUAAGAAAAUGGUAAACAGAUACUAUGAAGCAAAAAAGAUUUACAAAAUAUUGAUCUCUCUGUGAUUAUAGCUGCAAACUGAGUUUGAACAUGGGUAAAAAUUAGAUAAUAAUGUGAAAAAAUAAAAGCAGGUGUUGUAGCAUAAUAAAGAUAGCAGCAGACAUGAAAACAGAGUAGUUAGAAGAGAAACAGAGACUGAUAAAAGCCUUAGAUGGCGUAUAGGAGCUUCAAAGGGACUUUUAUUAAUUAGGAGCAGUGUUCUCUUAGGAACCUUCAUUUACUUUUAAGUUCUGAUUAUAAAUUACCUACUGCUUCAUCUAUUAUAAAGUGACUAGGAAACUUGAUCAGUAUUAAAUUAGAAUUGGGUUUUAGUUCUAAGUCUGAUUAACUGCAUUUUCUUCUGUAAUAAUGGGUUUUCUAUGUGUGUAUAGUAGGUGUUGGAAGGGAGGGACCAUCAGGGGAGGGUGUCUGUCCCUCACUAGGCCCAGGUUUGUGACCAGCAUCAUUAUUUUAUGCUAAUUAUGCUUGACUACUUUGUGUGAUUCCUACUGAUGUUUCAUGAUACUGUCUCCAUUUGAACAGCUUCUUUUGGAAUUGAUUAAUAUAUCAGUUGAUUUUUGAGAACUAUGAUUAACUGCUCAUUUUAAAGAAGUAAUAAUAAUUGGAAUGUGAUAGAAAUUAAUAAAAGAUUGUUAUAAAUA